CAUUCUCGCGAGAGCCGACGAGUUCCACUUUCUUCUCGUCCAGCAUGGCCGCGCUGUAUGAGGGAUACACGUUGUGCGGACUUACUCCAUCUCAAAAUCUGUCAAAUUCAGGCAUUCAAGGUGUCGAACCGGAGAGAGACAGCGACCAUGUCGUCGUCACCGACUCAAGGAGAUCUGUCACGCUGUUCAAGGUUUCAGACCAGAAGUCACUGAGCAGCUGGACAGUAAAACAAGGACAGACUCUGACUUGUUCAGCAGUCUACAACUCAAAGACCAAGGAAUAUGUGGCAGUGUCAGACAGCAAGGUGAUCAGAAUUUGGAAGGAAGAAGACAUACACUUAGAUAAGGCCUUCAAAGCAACCGUGUCAUCAGAUAUCUGGAGGGUCCACUCUGCGGCUGGACUGGAGCCUGUGGUCCUGUUCCAGAGAGGAGCUGUGAGGUUCCUGGACUCUCUCCUUUCUGCUCCCAAGCAGCCCAUAGAGGAAGUCCUGGCUCAAGAAGAGGUCAUCAGGUGGAGCACCAAUGUAGUAACAGAGUCACAACAGUUUGUUAUCUUCACAACUGAACAGAAAGGAGAUAACUUCCUGUACCUGCAGAGAUUUAAUCCCAACACCCUACAGAAGUACCGGCUGGAGAGAGAGGAGCCUGGACUCUCCCCCCUCAGCUUCUCUGCCUCCUAUAAAGACAAACACAUCCGCCUGGUUUAUCUCUACCCUAACGGUCAUGUGUACCAGAGUCUAGUCCCUGUGCGGGGCCUUGGGGCUGAUGAGGGGGCCCCGGCUCUCCCGCUGCCCCGCAGCCUGCUGCUGGCUCUGCCUGUGGGGGAGGGUCUGCUGGAGGCUGCAUCUGCUCAGGUCCUGGAUGAAGCCCAUGUAGCUGUUGUGGGGCUUCCACACCCCUCUGCCGGAGCUGGUAAAGACUUCCUCUGCAUCUGGAAUACCAAUUUCCAGACGCUGCAGGCAGGAAAAGAGAUGGCGGGUAAAAUCUAUGGACAGUUAUGGGGCUAUUCGAACAAGUUAUUCAUUCCACAUGGGAAAAGCUUCUCGGUUAUUCCAUAUGAGUGCCCCAAAUCUUCCCUGGCCUCUGCCCUGGGAAAACUGAGGCAGGCCAAGACUGAAGAGUCCAACGCUUCCACUUCUGUACCAUCUUGGAAUAACAUUUUGCAUGAAGAUAAAGCUAAUCCCUCGAAAACAGUGGAGACCAGAAAGACGAGAACAACCCGUAAGAGCCAGUCAGCACCCAGUUUAACAAAUGACCAAAUUAUGGAGCUCAUCAAGACAGCAUCAGUGGCAGAGGUCCAGAAGGAGGUGGAGGGGCUCCUCUCGAGGACAGACGUCCAGGACCUGCAGCCCUCCCUGGGGCAGUUCGCAGCGGCCCUCGUGUCCCGGAGCCUGGGUGAGGAAGCCUUCUACACCCCCAGCAUCCUGGCUCAGCUCGUGCAGACUCGCUGCCUCUGCCACAGUAUGUGUCCUGACCUUGUGCUCCUGGCCUUGGAGAAGAAGGACUACUUCCUGUGUCAGCUCUGCUUGCAGUUCUUCCCUGACAUCCCUGAAGCUGUCACCUGUGCCUGCCUUAAGACCUUUAUCAGUAUGCCAGACAGUGAUGCAGAGAAAGUGAACCUGGAGCCUGAGAGUAUCAGCUUAAUGGAAACCUUGAUGGCUGGAGAGCGAGACCCAGUUGGCUUGCAGAAUGGUUUCAGCCCUGCCACCAAUGACAUGGAUCAGUCAGGUGGCACCAAAGCAGAAAAAAAGGAGACCACAACUCCACCAGAACACAUCUGUCCAGUGGGAUUACACAAGGGUGUUCUAUUAAAUGAGGUCCUGAUGACGGCGUACAGCGACUUCUUCCUCCUCCCUCACCUGAAGGAUCUCUCCCCCCAACAUGUUGUUCUUUUCCUCCGGUACCUGCAGUUCCUUUACCUAAAAUAUUCCCAAGAUGCUUUCCCGCAGAUGCAUGGAUUGAGAUCUCCAACUCUGACUCAGAUCAUGGAUUGGGUAUGCUUGCUGUUGGACGCCCAUUUCACAGUGCUAGUGAUGACUCCAGAGGCCAAAGGCUUACUGCACAACCUCCACACCUUUGUUAAGUCUCAGGUGAGACUGUUUUCUGAGCUUGGAAAGAUCGAGGGCAGCCUCCAUGAGCUCAAUAAGAUGAAGGUGAACAAGGACAUCGGACAAUACUCCAUUGAAGUCAUUGAGCUGUUUUAGAAUGUGUAUACUUUUAAUAAAUCAUUGAGCAGAUUGUCUCAUUACAACUUUUGACCUGUAGUGGUUUCAAGGUUGUUUCAAAAUGGUUAAUAUAAGAUGCAUUUUAGAACGGAUGCUAGCCAUUAGAACUCAAGAUGCAUGAGCUUUACUGUACAUUAAUUACAUUUGUGUGAUUUAAGCAUUGAGUUGCAGAUUCCUCUAAACCAUGUACUCUUGUUCAAGAUGAUGAAAAUGUUACCAGAUAAUAUGGUUAGCUUGAUAAAGUAACUGUCUGCUUAAUAUCAAACUGGUUAACAAUUGGUUUCUGAAAUGUAUUCAAAAGCCUUUAACGAUGGGAUUGUACCUUUGAACAAACAACUGUGCGAGUGAAUGGCUGUGACUUUGUACUGGAAUUACCAGAGGAGAACCUUUUUAUUUUGAAUACAUAAAUAUAACGGUAAAAAAAAAUCCUUACCCUUUUGUGACUUUUUUUACAAUCAUCAUUAUUGUUUUUGAAUGGUCAAGUGAGAUAUACAAAAUGCUAGAACACAAGAGAUCAAAUAAACCUUCCUUGAGGAGUA